GUUUGUUGACCUGCCUAUGUUUGAGCAGUAGUUCUUUUUCUCUUUUUGUUAGAAUGUUCAUUAAUCUUCUGUACAUUUCCCAAAGCACCCAACUAACGAUGAGGCUUCUUGUCAUUUUGCUCUUGGGCUCUCAGUGUCUUCUGGUUGCUGCUAACCAAGCUUUAACACUUCAAGGAGACUGCAAUGAUUUCAAUGUGUUUGAUGCGGCGGAUACAGCCCUGAUCCAGUUUAAUAAACAGAAACAAUACGGUAACCAGUUAGUGUUGCAUAGAAUUACUGAUGCCAGGAUAAGGCCUGAAGGUGAUGAGGGGGUGCAUUAUUUUCUAAAUUAUCAAGUACGUGAAGGUUCCUGUGCGGUGAACAGUGGAAAAUUAUGGCAACAGUGUGACUUCAGUCUGUCUGCAGUGGAUCCAGUAGACUGUUUUGCCCAUGUUUUUGUCAACAAAGAGUCAAACCUCAGGAAUGUCCAUACUCAGAACUGUAAACUCAUAGUAGAACCUCCAGUGAUAGUUGAGCAUCAGCCUUGUCUUGGAUGCCAUCGGCCCAUAGACAAAAACAGCGAAGAAGUGGCAAAACUUAUAAAAUCUGCAAUUCAUAAAGUGAAUUCACUGGGCUCCCGUCCCUAUCACUUUAAUCUGGAAAACAUCCAUAAUGCUACAAGACAGGUGGUGAAUGGAUGGAAUUACCGAAUACAUUUUACUAUUAAGCAAACUAACUGCUCUAAGAGUUUAUAUGAAAAUGUUUCAUCAGAAGAAUGCCAGCUUAUUCAAGAAGGGGAAUCAGGUUCAUGUAUAAGCAACAUAUUUGUGACUCCUGAUGGUAACAUUAAAGACUUAAACCCAGGAUGCAAUUCUAUGACAGGAUUUUGCCUUGACUGUCUUGGAGAAGUUGAAACAACGGACCCAGAGCUGUUAAACCUGAUGAGACAAGUCAUUGAUGAAUAUAAUCAUAACAGUAACAACACACGUCUUUAUAAAGUUUCUUUAAUUGACAAAGCAACUAAACAGGGAAAAAAUGAAAUCUUAUUUCAAGUGAAUUUUCAACUUAAAGAAACCAAUUGCUCUAAGCCUGCAUAUUCCAUAUUGGGAGAUGAGUGUGGCAUUUUGGAUGGAGUCCUGUUGGUCUGUAAAGUUAGUAUCAAUGUUACAAACAAAGAGAUUGACAUUUCUUCACGACCUGUAUGCAAUAUUCAAAAUCAACGUAUGUUUGUAAUAAGAGGACUGUCCCCUUUCCGUACCACUAAUCCAAACAUUCGUUUGCCUAGACACUCCCAAUUACCUGAAAAAUCAAAAGGACAUGGGCAUGGUCCUAUUCAUAAACCAGAAAAAAAUAAUGGAAAAAAGGAUAAGAAAGAAAAGAAAGAAAAGAAGAAAAAAGACAAAAAGAACAAACAUCAUAAGAACGGGGAGUCUUCUGAAGAAUCUAAUGAGGUAACAGUCAUCCCACCAGUGCAUAAAACCACAGACAAGUCCAAGACAACUACUCAAACAGCAGCGCCAACAACGAGUCCAGUACAUGAUUUUGUGGAAACAACUUACCAGUUUAUAGAGAAUACAAGUACCCUAUCUUUAUUCCCUCAAAUCCCAGCAGUACCAGGGGAAGAAGACAACUUUCUAAAUCUUCAUGAAAAUGUUUUAGACGAUCUGCCAGAGCCAACAGUUACAACUGCACCAAACUGUCCUGGGAGUUUUUGGAUCCCUAAAAGAUUGUUGCCAAUAUUUCCUGUGUUUCCACCUCUUACUGAUGAAGAUCUGUUAUUAGGAGCUGACGACUUACCAACUCCAGCAGAUCCAGUCAUAGAGCCAAAAGAGCCUAAAAUCCUUUCAACAGUUCAAGCUUUCAGUGAUGAUGACCUGAGCUUCUAAUUUUUAAAACCUUGGCCUAAUUACACAAGGUAUAAUGAUAAAACAUGCAGGAUACAGGAACAUACAUUUAAAAAAAAUGUAUAUGUUCGGAAACUAAAAGGGACACAAUACCCAUUUUUUUCUUUCAUGAUUCAUAUAGAGCACGUGAUUUUAAACAACUUUCAAAUUGACCUAUUUUUUACUAUUAUCCCAUUUGUUUUUUGGGGUAUUCCUUGUUGAAAAGCAUACCUAGUUAGGCUCAGGAGCUACUGAUUGGUGGCUGCAUUUAUAUGCCUCAUGCUAUUGGCUCACCUAAUGUAUUAACUAGCAACCAGAAUUGAAUUGCUGCUUCUUCAACAAAGGAUACUAAGAGAAUGAAACACAUUAGAUAAAUAGAAGUAAAUUAGAACGUUGUUUAAAAUUGUAUUCUCUUUCUGAAACCUGAAAGAUUUUUUGGGCGUUUCAUGUCCCUUUAAUGACCAUGAAAACAAUAAUUUAAUGUCAUUUUAUGUUCAUUUUCUACAACAUUGAAUACACCUUAAAGGUGUAUUUUUAACACUAAAUAUUUCUUUACACAUCUUCUUUAAUCCUGGGAUGUAACUUAGCAUAUAAAUAAAUGACAUUACAUUUA